UUCUCAGCUGGAAGGAUGGAAGGUCCUCCUCACUGGGCAGCGGCUGGGAGGCCUGGUCAGGAAGAGGGCUGCCUCUUUGGAGGGGCUCUCCUUGCAAGCGGAAAAGGGCCCUCCGCAGGCUGGGCUGCUCGCGGCCGACCUGCGAGGAGGGAGUCAGAGGUGUCUUUCGGAGAUGCCCCUUGGAAGGGACUCUCCAGCCGGAGCGCGCCCUGCAGCAGCCCCCGAGGUGCCCACGGGAAGGAAAGGGUCCCGGGCCGGCGGGGCGGCUCCUCCUCUUCGGAGGGAGCCAGGACCAGACCGUCGGAGCUGCGGCCGGAGCAGGAAGGCUGGAUUGCUCUCUCUCGGGCCAGCGCUGCUGGACCGGAGCUGAUGGCCAAGGAUGGAGGGGGCGAGGUCCUUGCCAGUGGUGAGGUGGGGGGCCUAGCCAGAAGCCCCAAGGAGGCCCUGUGCAGCCUGGAUGAUGAGGACAAUGACGAGGUCUUUGAGAGCCCCGACAGCCAAGGCCCACGGCCGGGCUGGGCCACGUCAGCCACCUUCCGCCACUGCAGCGUGGAUGAGCUUUACGAGCUGCUGGAGAAGCUGGGCAGUGGGCAUUUUGGGGUGGUCAGGCGCUGCCAGGAGCGCUGCACAGGCUCCUUCUAUGCCGCCAAGUCUGUGAAGGUGCGGAAGCGAAAGGGGAGCCGCCUGGGCCUGGACCGCGAGCAAGUGGAGCGAGAGGUCUCUAUUCUCCAGCAGCUCCAGCACCCCAACAUCAUGCACCUCCAUGACGUCUUUGUCGGGAAGGGCGAGAUGGUCCUGAUCCUGGAGCUCAUCCACGGUGGGGAGCUGUUUGACUUCAUCGCAGAGAAGGAGCUUCUGACGGAGACAGAAGCCAUCCAGUUCCUGCAGCAGAUCCUGCUUGGCCUGACCUACAUGCAUUCCCGGCGCAUUGCUCACUUUGACCUCAAGCCAGAGAACAUCAUGCUCUUCCAGAAGGAUGUCCCCAACCCCCUGAUCAAGAUCAUCGAUUUUGGCCUGGCCCAGAAGCUCGAGGAAGGCGUGACUUUCAAAAGUUUGUGUGGGACUCCCCAGUACAUUGCUCCUGAAGUGAUCAACUACGAGGCUCUGGGCACAGCAACGGACAUGUGGAGCAUCGGGGUGAUUACCUACAUCUUACUGAGCGGCAUGUCCCCUUUCCAGGGAGAGACGGACGCAGAGACCCUGACCAGCGUCGUCUCCGGCACCUAUGAGUUUGAGGACAAGUACUUCAGCCAAACAUCCGAGCUGGCCAAGGACUUCAUCCGGCAGCUGUUGGUGAAGGAACCUGGAGACCGAAUGUCGGCAGAGGAAUGCCUCAUCCACCCCUGGAUCAAGCCCCUGACCCGGAAGCAGGUUGCGAACCGGAGCCGCUCCUCCAUCAACAUGAAGAACUUCCGCAAGUUCAAUGCUCGCCGGAAGUGGAAGCUCUCCUACAACAUGGUUUCGGCCUGCAACCGCCUCUGCCGGAUGGGCCUCCUGUGCCAGCAGAAGAGGGAUGAGGAGAACUUGCGCGGCUGCGAGAGCGACCAGGAGGGGGAGGCCAGCAGCCCUGUCACCCUCUUCCGCAGGCGAAGGAGCAGCUGCUCGUGAAUCAGGGACACCGGGAGGGAGGAGGCACCCUGCUCUUCCAACCCCAUCCAUUCACCAACCCAGGAGAGUGUGGCACAGCAUCUCGGGCACGCUCCAGCCUUCGACAACCAGCCCAUGGUUGCUGCAGUGUGGACAGGGAAGGGGCUUGCCGGGAGGGAGCCCAGCAUGAAAUGCCUGCGUUGCCCCACACUCAUGCUGUGCCAAGAGGGAGGGCUCCCAUGUUGGGUAGGUGACAGCUCUCUCUCUGCCUCUGCCUCCAGCACCCUGGGGCUUGGCGUUUUCAUCAGUUGGCUUCCAGCAGAGGCAACCAUUUGGGCCUUCUUUAAAAAAAUGCUUUGUAUGUAUGCUUGCUUUUGGGGAGGGGGAAAUUUACUUCCCAACUAUUUCUGACCUACUUGGGGAACAGAACUCCACCACCCCCAUGCCAGCAUCCCCCCCCCCACUAGCCAUCCCUUCCUCCAGGAAUUCGUGACCAAAAAAGGUCCCUGGUCAGUUUUUAAUAACGUGCCUUCCUGCUAUGCUGCUUUUUGUUUUUGCUGAAUUUGGUUCAAGUUAAAAGGUCAAGCAGCUAAAUGACUGCUUCACAAAGUGGUUUGUGUGUGAUUCUUAAGGAUUCAGAUGUCACCUCUUUCUAGGAUUUCAUGAAGAGACUGUAGAUAAGUUCUCUCCUCUAUCUCUCUCAGCACCUAUAAUCUCCCACCCACACAGUCUGCACUGUGGAAAAAGUAAUACCUGCCCACCUUGCAGAGAUCCUGCCUCGAUGGUUCAGUGGCCCCCCUGUAGUUUAACUAGUUCAGCAUAGAAAGCUGCCAUUGGGGUUCAUCUAGCUCAGUGUUGCCUGCACUGACUGGCAGCAGUGGCCUGCCAAGGUUUCUGAUGAGAAGACUUUCCCACCGCCACCUGGAGAUGCUGUCAGUGGAGCCCUUCUGCAUGCCCCUUGGACACCCUGCCACUGAGCCACGGUUGUCCUCUUCCCAGAGUAGACAGCAGAGGUCAAUGCCAGAUAAACCUCAAAGGGAGGUUAAAAUCAUUCUGGAAGCUGCAGUGGGCAGAUUUGGCCACCAGAGGGCACGCCAAUGCAAGGACUGAGACUAGGGAUGGAGGUCAGGAGGUCCAGUGUUAAGAGUUCAGGGUGGUUGGUCUUUGUGGAGUGAGGUAAAAAGGGUCCUCUUGUGGUCAGCAGAGGGUGCUCCAGUAUAUAAGGAUUCUGGUCUUCUAGAUAUUCACACACACACACACACACACACACACACACACACACACACACUCGUACUCGUGUGUUUGCGUGGUAGAGAGAAUUGUAAAAAGUAUUACCAACAUGGUGAAGUGCUUCUGUUAAUUAUGCAGCUAUCACUGUUUGUAAUGCCUUGUGUUUCAUUUCCUCUGACCCCACUGUUUACAACUUUGAUGCCGCUUUGUUUGAUACAUUUUGUAUGUCUUAAAUGUCCGUACACCGCUUGUGACUUUACUGGACAGCUGACAGUUUUGCACAAGGCCUCCAUGGCCCACAAAAGUUUAUUAUGCAUAAUAAAUUUGUUAGUCUUUAAGGUGCCGCAAGAUUCUUCUGUUCCUUUUGCUUUGGGGCAGAGGGCUGCCUCCUCCUCCUCCUCUUUGGCAAGCGGUCGCACCUCCUCUCCCGCCCGCUGCUCUGGAGCCUCUUCUCCUCAAGCUGCCUUUGCUGCUGUCCUGGUGCGUGACUCUGGCCCAAGGCUUGUGUUUUGAGCUGACCUGCCUGCUUGUGUUUGUGGAAGUACCCUUUGGAGCAGGCCGGAGAAGAGACCUGCUUGCAAUAUUUCACUUGGCCAAGACGACUCUCUGCAUGCGCACACCAGAGCAGACCUAAGCGACCGCCCUCCUUCGUCAGUUCUUGCCCAUCAUGUGCCCCAACUGAGCACGAAGGCCAGCAGGAGAGGGAGUGUGUGCAUCAUGCAAUAUAUAUAUGCACAUAGUUUUAAAGAGCAUAAGUCAUCACAGACGCAACGCUUACUUCAAUGCAGGACUGGGGACGCAGGAUUUUUGUGUGGCCUGUUCAUUGUUUCAGCUUUGGCUGCCGUAGAUUUUGGCAAAGGCUGUCCGGGGAUUAAAGUGUUUGUAUGGUCUG